UCACAAUUUGGAUAUAGUUUAAUCAACAUUUCAAAAUCCUUUAGCUAAUUAAUUUCUUAUUCUAGCUUAGCACAAUGUUCAAAGUAAGUACAAUUAACUGGACAUUAAUUAUAGCCACAUGCUUGAAUCAAUGACCAGCUUAGCAGCUUCUUAGUAAUUAAACAUGUUUCAAGUCAAUGAUCAGCUGAGGGAAGAUAAAAGAAAAAUAAUUGAAAUAGAACUUCCAACUUUUUUGAGUAUCAGAAAACAGAAAAAGAAAAUAUGAUUCAUCAUUUUACAGUUUUCAAAUCCAUUAAAUUCUUCUUUCUUUUUUGUACUCUUGCAUUCCUUUCACAUGUUACCUUUGCAGAUCCUCCAUAUGAAGUUUGUUCCACAAGAAAGGUUUAUGCAAAUCAAAGUUCCUUUGAGAACAAUCUAAGUAACCUCCUUCUCUCUUUACCCUCUAAUGUUUCAACUUCAAUCUCCAAAUUUGGUAAUACUUCUUCAGGAAUUGGCUUAGAUAGAGCUUAUGGACUCUACAUGUGCCUCGACUUUGUUUCCAACGAAACAUGCCAUAAAUGUGUAACAAACGCAAUAUCAGACGUUGUAAAACUAUGUCCUCAAUCAGAAGAAGCGGUCGUAUAUGAAGAGUUCUGUCAAUUACGUUAUUCCAAUAAAAAUUUCGUAGGCUCUUUAGAUGUCACAGACAAUAUCGGUAAAGAUAAUGUUCAAAAUAUUUCAGAACCGGAGAAGUAUGAAUCUGUGGUGAAUAAGAUAUUGAAUAAUCUUACUAAGAUAGCGUCUUUUAAUGUUUCUUCGAAUAUGUAUGCUACUGGUGAAGUAAACUUUGAAGAUAAAACAAUAUACGCGUUAGUGCAGUGUACUAGAGAUUUAUCAGACACUAAUUGCAGUAGGUGUUUGCUAAGUGCUAUAGGAGAUAUACCAGGUUGUUGCUAUGCCUCCAUUGGCGCAAGAGUUUGGAGUCGUAGUUGUUAUUUAAGAUAUGAAUUUUAUCCUUUUUAUCUUGGGGAAACAGAUCAAACAAGUUCUUCAGCCAAACAAGGAAGGAAAAAUAAUUCAAGCAAAAUAUGGAUGAUUACAUCCAUUGCAGUUGGAGUAGGCUUGGUGAUAAUAAUUUUCAUUUGCUACUUGUGCUUUGUCAGGAACAAAAGGAUUUGGCAAAGUAAUAAAAUAUCUAAGGAUUUCCCUUUUUUUGAUCUUGGAUCUCUUUGUGUGGCUACCGGAAAUUUCUCCGAUUCAAAUAUGCUCGGGCAAGGUGGAUUUGGGCCUGUUUAUAAGGGUAUACUUAGUGAUGGCAUGGAAGUGGCAAUCAAGAGGCUCUCAACUUGUUCCGAGCAGGGCUCAGAGGAGUUCAUUAAUGAGGUUAUGUUGAUAUUGAAACUUCAACACAAAAAUCUUGUGAAGCUUUUAGGAUUUUGUGUUGAUGGAGAAGAGAAACUUCUUGUAUAUGAAUAUUUGCCUAAUGGUAGCCUUGAUGUCGUCCUUUUCGAGCAAGGUGCACAGCUCGAUUGGACAAAACGAGUUGAUAUAAUAAAUGGAAUAGCAAGGGGAAUUCUUUAUCUUCAUGAAGAUUCUCGACUUCAAAUAAUACAUAGAGAUCUAAAAGCAAGCAACGUGUUGUUGGACUAUGACAUGAAUCCAAAGAUUUCAGACUUUGGAAUGGCAAGAAUAUUUGCAGGAAGUGAAGGUGAAGCUAACACUGCUACAAUAGUCGGCACAUAUGGAUAUAUGGCUCCAGAGUAUGCAAUGGAGGGUAUAUAUUCCAUAAAAUCUGAUGUUUUUGGUUUUGGAGUACUAUUGCUCGAGAUCAUUACAGGGAAACGUAACACAGGUUUCUAUUACUCCAAAAGCACUCCUAGCCUUCUAGCAUAUGCAUGGCAUCUAUGGAAUGAGGGAAACGGAUUGGAGUUAAGGGAUCCGUUGUUAUUAUGCCCGGAAGACCAGUUUCUGAGAUACAUGAAUAUCGGACUACUUUGUGUUCAAGCAGAUGCAUUUGAUAGGCCAACCAUGUCUUCUGCUGUUUUGAUGUUGAUGAAUGAAUCUGUAACGCUUGGUCCGCCAGAAAAGCCUCCUUUCUCUGUAGGAAGACUGAAUGUUAAUGAUCCAAAUGUGCUAGAUUCGGAAGAUUGCUCAGUCGAUUAUAAUUUCUUAACUGUUUCUGAUAUCUUGCCCCUGCAAUGUCCAUGAAAUGAAAACCCUCCCUCUAAUCUGUGUAAUGUUCAGUACUUUUAGGCCUUUUGUUUUAGUAACAAUGACAAUGUAAAAAUAUAUUUAACCGGUUGACCAACUUAUGCAUAACAGAUAAGACUUGUAUUUCAUGCUUAUCACAUGAGUUCUAAUUUAUUACAUAUUUUUUAAUCA